AUGGGGAUGCUGUUUUCAACAAGCAAGAAAAGCAAAAAUAAAAGCAAAGCAGCAAAGCGGGGCACACUCACUUUCGAUACCACCGGCUGUGAUAAAGUCUGUCCCAUGAUUGCAGAAAAAAAAAAAACAGGUGUGUCGGAUUACGGGGGAAGAAUAGUAGUCGCUAGGAGGGUAUAUGCGGUCGAGCAGGAGAAUGGAAGCGUAGAGGGAGAAUUUUCGGUUGUUCGGUGGGGGGUGUGGGAGGCACGAGAGAGCGGAAGUUUUGGCAGGACACCUGGUGGGAUGAGGGUAGAGGAGGGAACAGAGAUCCAGAGAGCCGGCGAGCGCGGAGAGAGCAGACAGAGAAGAAAGCGCAGAGGGGGGGAAUGGAGGCGUGGAGGGGAAGACACAGGCGGAAGCAGUUUUAGACGCAGUGAAGAGUUUUUUCAGCGCCAGCCCUGCACGGAGCAGACUAGCAAGCAGCAGACAGCUCGGGGAAUAAACCGGGGGACGCGGAGCCGGGCCAGGGGGAGCAGAGCAGCAAUAGACGAGAGAUAUCUGUGGGGAGGUGGAGGUGGAGUAGCAGCAGCAGCAGCAGCAGCAGCAGGGAUGGUCCCUGGUCGCGUGUGGGCUGGGCUGGGCUGGGCUGGCAUCAGAGAUAGGACAGGUAUGUAUAUGGCGAAUAAUCAAACCCCUCCUCCAGCCAGCCAGCCAGCCGCACGUCCAUCCCAUGCCAUCUACCGCGUAUCCCUAUUGAGGUGCAUAAUCUACCCCCAGAACCUAGACUGCCACCCUCUCAUUGACGGUGGGAAUGACUUUAAACCCGGUUGCGGCGAAAAGUCAAAAUGA